AUGGAUUUGAUAUAUAGAAACAGAGCUCUCUCUCUUCGUGUCUCUGAGAAACCACCGAAAGAUAAAAAAAUAAAACCUUUGAGUGCCGCGAUGUCGAAUUCAGCCGCCGUCGAAGAGCCGCCGCAUAAGAAGAAGAAGCCGUCUCCGUCGCCGUCAUCAAAAGGGAAGGCCCGUUCUCGCGAUGUCUUGCUCUUGGAUUGUCGGACUCACACUUGGAGCCGAGCACCUUCCAUGGGAGUGGCCCGAGCUUCCGCUGCGGCCGGAGUCGUAGACGGGAAGAUUUACGUGUUCGGAGGCUGCUUGUCCCGAGAUUGCUCGAAGUGGGCAGAGGUAUUCGACCCGAAGACCCAAACUUGGGAUUCUGUGCCGCCACCGCCGGAUCGGAAUAUGCGGUGUCGGUGUAUACACGACAGUGUGGUGGUGAAGGAGGAAAAGCUUUACGCAGUGGAUGGAAUGGAUAGAACCUUUUACUACUCGCCCAAGGAAGAGAAAUGGGGAAGAGGGAAUACGAUUACGCCGCAGGGAAACGAAAGGGAUUGGUGUGUCAUUGAUAAAGUGAUGUACGCUUGUGAUCGCAAGGGGAAUUUGUGUUGGUGUGAGCCAGACCGGUUGGAGGGUGAACCAGAGGGGAAGUAUUGGAGGGAGGUGAAGGGUUUGGGCUCUCUGAAGGAGAGUCUCGCUACCUCCAGACUGGUCCACGUUGAUAGCAAGACUGAGGCUCUGUGGGAGGCGCAAAAGAGCCGGUUUGGUAGAGAGGAAAAGCUCGUAGAUUUGCUUCCGGGGGCCAGGCUCAGCAACUCUGGUGGCAACAUUGUGGUCUUCUGGGACAAGAGGGAUCAUGACGUUGAUGAUAUUUGGUGUGCAGACAUUGAGAUUCGGUGUGCAGAGAUCUCCGUGCAGAGACGAGGAGGCGAGAUUUGGGGCAAUGUCGAGUGGGAUAACGCUGUCAUGACCGUUAAUCCUUUCUCGGAUCGCUACAAGGCUGAGAUUAAGAAAAUUGACCUGGACGAUUCCACUCUAAUCUCUAUUCCUCAGAUGCGUUUGGUUGUGUUGCAAACAAGCAGAAACUCUCCUGUAGCAAAACACAUGAGAUCGAGAUGGCGUUGA